UAUCCACCGGUGUCUACCGCGGUAAAUGAAAUACUUCAUUUUGACAUUUCCAGAUACAUUUUCGUGUAGCAUGUUUUGUCACGCGGUGGGUACGUUCAGUGCUGCCGUUGUUGCAGCACCUUGUGAACGCUUCCCACAAACGUCAGUUUGACAAAUAGAACUCAGUGAACGCACCCCAUAAAUGUCAAUGGUGAAUGACAACUGUCAGUUUUAUAUCAAAACAAAUGUAUUUCAAUUUCUUCAUUCUGCGCGUGCCAAUUUUUCAAAUUCUCGGGGCAAGACAGAAAGUUUUCCAACAAAGUGGAAUCGGGGAAAUCGUAAAGUUGUUCCUGCUGUAAGAGAGUUUUCAGCACAUUUCGAGCGAUUAGAACCAGCACCAUUGCGAGACACCGUGUGGAUGUUCCGGAACAAUUUGAGCAAUUCAAGGAAUGCGUGAGUGCUGGCGGAAAUCACGGAGCAGGGGGAAUCUGCGCUGCAGGAGGAAAUUUGGCAAGUGGUGCUGGUGGAUAUUAAUUGAGGAAAGUACGCCGACUGUCUCGUCCACCGCGUCCUCACGGCGGUCCUCGACCUCGCCGAACCACCCGCACGAACCCCCGACGAACUCAGCCAGCUCGCCAACAUCUGCAACGCGAAAAAGUACAACGCUAAACUGGCCGGCGAUUCCAGCUCGCUGCUCUACUUCAAAAACUACCUCAAGAAGGCCAAGAGCAUGGAAACGACUGCCGCCGUCUCGGACAUUGGCCAGCAGCUGCUCGAGCUGGUGCUGAUCACCACCGGGCACGUCUGCAAAGUUAGCUACAAGCAACUCGCCAAGGUGUCGGACUUUAAGCUGACCGAGGACACCAAACCGUUCCGCCACUGUAUGCUGCUGCCCAAGGACCGCAAGAUCGGGCCCGCCGAGCUGCGGCUGUUUUCCGAGGUACGCGUCACCGUGCAACUGGUGAAGGAGGCGGUCACGGUGACGAGCGUGCUGCCGCCACUAGCGCAGAUGCAGAGCAAGGAAUCGUCGGUAGAAGCGCGAGCGGCAGAUUUCGGAAGUAAAAAAGGAUCGAUGAAGAUGAUUCCUUCCAGUUUCUAGGCUAUUAAAGUCAGCACCAGUGCAAACAAGCCUGUUAUUCCGGAACCACAAUUGUGAACUAUUUAUAUGUAAAUGUACACGUUAUAAAAUUGUGAACAAAAUUUGUUUAAUAUGCUUUUUUACCAAAACCCAGCAAUAAGUUUUUAUUUGACUAAAAUUUUUCGGGGGCUUUCAUACGACCAAAGCGGCAAUUUUGCAUGAUUAAUUCUUUCAAUAGCUUAUAUUUUUAUAAACGCAAUUUUUCAAAAUAGUAAAAAAGUAACAAAAAUCAGAAAAAAAUCUUUUUUGAAAAUGAAAU